AUGUGCAUGAACAAUGAGUGCAUAACGAAAAAUGCUUUAUUUUCAAAAAUUAUAUUAGAUGAAGACAUUUUAAAAAUUACCAGACAGUACAUGAUUUCAAAAACAAAGAAGAAAACCAAAAAAAUAAGUUUACAAUCAGCUACUAUGGAAAAUAAAGCCUGGAGAUAUAUUUGCUACAAACAGUUUACACUUUGGGUUAAUUCAUGGAUGCCAAUUGGAAGAGGAAAUAGAGUUGUUAUUCCAGCAUGUGUGGUCAAAAAAAUUCGUGAACGUUAUCCUGAAGAAAACGGACUGUAUAUUGGUUUUCAAAACCAGUAA